AUAUAAGAAGGUGGACUUUAGGAGGCCGCACAUAUUAUUAUUUUGUUGCUAGUAUUCGGAUUUUUUUUCUGCGUUUGAAAUGGCGUUAAAGCUUCUCGUUGUGUUAUCUUUCCUUAACGUUUUCGUUCAUAAAGAAGUUGAAGGCCAUGGAUACAUGAUUAGUCCACCGAAUAGAGCAUCCCUUUGGAGAAUCGACUGGACACAACCAGCUAAUUACAACGAUAAUGAAUAUUUUUGUGGGGGCACCUACGUCCAAUAUUAUCUAAAUGAGGGUAAGUGCGGACCUUGUGGUGACAAUUGGAAAGACCCUCCACCAAGAAGCAACGAAAACACAGGAACUUACGGAAAUGGCAUCGUCGUAUCGAAUUACACGGCUGGCUCAAUUAUCGAAGUUACUUCUCUACUCACAGCUAAUCACAUGGGAAGUCUUUACUUCUAUCUCUGUGAACUGACGAAUCCUAAUCUCCCAGAAACGGAAGACUGUUUCCAACUGCUCAGACUUGCCGAUGGAACAGAAGCCCACAUAGUAAAAAGCACUGACUACACAGUCGUCAGCAAAGUAAAGUUACCCGACGACCUCUCGUGUGACCGUUGCGUCUUGAGAUGGCAUUACAGAACAGGAAACAGUUGGGGAAAAUGUGAGGAUGGUACCCAAAAUAUUGGAUGCGGCGACCAAGAAAUUUUCCGUUCUUGUGCCGAUGUAAGAAUUCUACCAGCACAGCAAAAUGAAGAUGACGAACCUGAAGUACCUGAAGUCCCUGUAGUCCCUGUAGACCCUGUAGUUCCAGACAGCGAUAAAGUUCCAGAUACUCCUGAAAAACCUGAAGAUCCAGAAUUCAGUGAUGAACAUCCUGCCGAUUGUGAGUUUCCAGCAAAUCAUCACAGAAAACCUAGAGACCUAAAAGCCAAGUUGUUAAAAUUAUAAAUAACUAUAAUUUAAGUUGGUUCCUAACAACAGAACCAGUCAUCUAGUAGUGAUGAAUUUGAACAAUAACAACUGUUUCAUGUAUUAAACAUCUGAAAAAAAAAUAUUUUAUUUA